GGAAGAAAAGCGGCGAACGGUGCCCGGCCCGGGCGGAGCCGCGGCCGGGGCACGGCGGACGCGGGGCUCGGGGGAGCGCAGCGGCGGCGGCCAUGGGCCGAGCCGGGCACUGAGCUCUCCCUCCUCCCCCGGUACCGGCGCUCCCGUCCCUCUCCGGGCUCCAGCGGGGCGGCGAUCGGGCGGUACCGGCGGAGCCGACCGCUGACGGCAGCCACUGGGAUUUGACGAGUCGGGGGGCGUAGAGGGGGGGGAAGAAGAAGAGCGGAUCGGAAAACCGGCGGGGACGUACCGGGAGCGCCGCCCCCUCGGGCAGAGCUGCCCCCGCCCCACCGCGCCCCGUCCCCGGAGCCGAAGCCGAGCCCCGGGGCCGCCUCCGUCCCCUUUGUGUGCGCACCGCGGCCGGGGCCGCUACCGGGGGGGGCUGGGGGCCACCGGGCAGCAGCGGGGCGGAGAUUUUCCAGACCCUUUUAUGUCUUUAGUUCUCUCCUCUCCCAACCCUUUCGGGCUCCGCCGCCGCUGAGGCCUUUUUUGAGUUGUUAUUAUUAUUGUUUUGUUUUGUUUCCGAACCCGGGCCCGGUGGUCACGGGCGGCGGCAGCGGCCCCGGGGCCCCGGUUCUUCCCCAUCCCCAUUAACCGGCGGCCCCCAUGAAGGAGCCCGACGCCAUCAAACUCUUCGUGGGGCAGAUCCCGCGGCACCUGGAGGAGAAGGACCUCAAACCUAUCUUCGAGCAGUUCGGCAAGAUCUACGAGCUCACCGUCAUCAAGGACAAGUACACCGGCAUGCACAAAGGAUGUGCUUUCCUGACCUACUGCGCCCGGGAGUCGGCCCUGAAGGCGCAGAGUGCCCUGCACGAGCAGAAAACCCUCCCGGGGAUGAAUCGACCCAUCCAGGUGAAGCCGGCGGACAGUGAGAGCCGAGGAGAGGACCGCAAGCUGUUCGUGGGGAUGCUGAGCAAGCAGCAGGCGGACGAAGAUGUACGGAAGAUGUUCGAGCCCUUCGGCACCAUCGACGAGUGCACAGUGCUGCGGGGCCCUGACGGCACCAGCAAAGGCUGUGCCUUCGUCAAGUUCCAGAGCCACGCCGAGGCCCAGGCUGCCAUCGCUGCCCUCCACGGGAGCCGCACACUGCCGGGAGCCUCCUCCAGCCUGGUGGUGAAGUUCGCGGACACGGAGAAGGAGCGAGGGCUGCGGCGCAUGCAGCAGGUCGCCACCCAGCUGGGCAUGUUCAGCCCCAUCGCGCUCCAGUUCGGCGCCUACAGCGCCUACACGCAGGCGCUGAUGCAGCAGCAGGCAGCCCUGGUGGCUGCCCACUCGGCCUACCUCAGCCCCAUGGCCACCAUGGCAGUCCAGAUGCAGCACAUGGGCACCGUCAACCCCAAUGGCCUCAUUGCCACCCCCCUGCCCCCCUCCUCAGGAACCAGCACACCACCUGCCAUGGCUGCCACCCCUGUGCCCACCAUGGCUGCCCCCUUGAGUGUCAACGGCUACAGCCCGGUGCCAGCGCAGGCCGCAGGCCCCCCUGCCCCCGACACCGUCUACACGGGGGGGGUCCCGCCCGUGCCCCCCUUCCCAGCCCAGAGCCCUGCUGCCCCUGCAGACCCCCUGCAGCAAGCCUAUGCUGGCAUGCAGCACUACACAGCCGCGUACCCGGCAGCCUACGGGCUGGUGAGCCCAGCCUUCGCCCCCCCGGGGCCCCUGCUCGCCCCCCCGCCCCCUCCCCAGCAGCAGCAGCGGGAAGGCCCCGAGGGCUGUAACAUCUUCAUCUACCACCUGCCCCAGGAGUUCGCCGACAGCGAGAUCCUGCAGAUGUUCCUGCCCUUCGGCAACGUCAUCUCCGCCAAGGUCUUCGUGGACAGAGCCACCAACCAGAGCAAGUGCUUCGGCUUCGUGAGCUUUGACAACCCAGCCAGUGCCCAGGCUGCCAUCCAGGCCAUGAACGGCUUCCAGAUCGGCAUGAAGAGGCUCAAGGUGCAGCUCAAGAGGCCCAAAGAUGCCAACAGACCCUACUGAGCCUGGUCCAGAGGCUCUGGAGCAGCACCCAUGGGUGCCCCCCAUGGGUGCCUCCCACCUUACAGAGCAGCCCCCUCCUCCCCUCCCCCCAGCGCUGCCCGCAGCAGGGGGCUGGGGGACACACACACAGCCCCCCCACAUGCUCAGGAAGGAUGGACUCCACCCCCCCCCAGGGCUGACCUGGACCCCUCCCAGUCCAUCCCAGCCCACACAGGGCUGAGUGGGCACUGGGUGCCAGCACUUCCCCACCCCACUCCCCCCAGCGUCCGGGUCCGAUCUGCCCUGGGGGGGCACAGUUACCCCCUCCCCCCCCCCCCCCCCCAAACUCCCUCCAGGACCCCUGCCCCUCCUCCCCUGGAGCUUUAUUCUCACCAAACAGGACCAAAACCAGCUCCAAGCCGGGGGGGGGGCACAGACACAUGGCGGGGGGGGGUGGGGGGGUCCUCCCAUCACCUGUGGUUUGGGGGGGGGGGGUCCCCAUCCCUGUCCCCCACAGCCCCCCCUGGGUGGCCGCACCAGGGCGCAGCGGGACCCCCACACACACUCACACUGCCACCCCGCUUCGCCCUCCCGCCCUGCCCCAGUGUGCCCCCAGCCCUCACCACCCCUCACCCACCGGGACCGGCACCGGGACCGACCUCCCCCCCCCGCCCCCGGAGAGGCUGGAAUUGGACUGCUCCAGCACCGGGAUGGGCACAGAGUGGGAGGAGCUGGCACUGGGAUGCGCCGGGACUGGCAUCAGCCAACCCCCGGCAGCUCCCGCAUGGGGAUGCUCCAGCACUGGGAGGAGCUGGAACUGGGAUGCGCCGGGACAGGGAUGCUCUGGUGCCAGCUGCUCUGGCACUGGGAUGCUCUGGUGCCAGCUGCUCUGGUGCCAGCUGCUCUGGCACUGGGAUGCUCUGGUGCCAGCUGCUCUGGUGCCAGCUGCUCUGGCACUGGGAUGCUCUGGUGUCAGCUGCUCCGGGACUGGGAUGCUCUGGUGCCAGCUGCUCCUGCACUGGGGUGCUCUGGUGCCAGCUGCUCUGGCACUGGGCUGUUCCAGCAGCAGGAUGCCCUGGGACUGGGUUGUUCUGGCACUGGGAUGCUCCAGACUGGCUCCAGGAUGCUCCAGCGCUGGGAUGCUUCAAUCCUGGCAUGUUCCAGCAGCAGGACACUCCCACAGCGGGAUGCGCUGGUGCCAGCUGCUCUGGCACGUUUGGCACUAGGAUACUUCAAGAGUGGCAUCUGCUGGCUACAGAACCCUUUGGCACUGGGAUGCUCCCAUAUUGGAAUGCUCCAGCACUGGCAUGUCCCAGAACCAGGCUACUGCAGCACUGGCAUCUGCUGGCUCCAGGGUGCCCCAAACUGGCAUGUCCCAGGACUGGGAUGCUCUGGAACCAGGAUACGCCAAUGCCAGGCUGCUCUGGCACCAGGACGCUCUGACACUGGGAUGCCCCAGGACUGGGAUGCUCCAAUCUUGGCAUCUUCUGGCUCCAGGAUGCUCCAGCACCAGGAUGCCUCAAUACUGGGAUGCCCUGGCACUGGGAUGCCCUGGCCAAGGCGACAGUGGGUGCCAGAUGGACAGAGAGUGGCCAAGACCAAGAUCCACUGGGCACCAACCAGCCAAAAAUGGGAGCUGGGCACAGCUGGCACCAGGAGCUGCCAGGAUGGACACAGGGAUGGGCAUGGGGACAGACCCACAGCUGCCAAACCCGGGGUGUGCCAGGCACCCACCAGCCAAAACAGUGCCCAGUCUGGUGCCAUCCAGCCCCACAGCCACCCCCAAACUGGGACUGUGCCCUCCCACUCCCCCCACUGGGCCCUUGCCCCCCAGCACCCUGUAAUGGGCACUGUGCCCCUUAGACCCCCCCCAGACCCCUCUGAACAGGCCCAGUGCCCCCCACUCCAGCCCCCCCUGCCCCCCCCCCGGUGCCCCCUCCCCUCUCCUCCAGCCCCAUGUUUACACCACUGCUCCCCGCUGUAAAUAAGGAGGUUGGGGGGCGGGGGGGGGGGUCCCCUCUUUCUUUGCUCCCCGUUUUGCGGGGGGGGGGGGGGGGAGGGUUUGAUACCUGCAGGUUUAAUGGGGUGGGAGUGGAGGGGGCAGGGAGGGGGCAGGGAGACCUUAGCGUGUGGGGGGGGCACAGAGGCAGACCCCCAGGGGUCGCCCACUUAUUUAUUUGCUAAUUUAUUGCAGUUCAGUCUGGGGCAGUUUGGGGCUUUUUGGAGACUUUCUUUGGGUUUGGGUUUGGCUUUUUUGGCUUUUUUUGGGUUUUUUCCUCCUUUUUUUGGUUUUUGUUUUGUUUUGUUUUUUGUUUUUUUUCCUCUCAAUAAAAUAAGGUCAAAAAAACACAAAAAAAA